CAGUGCAACUUUGGCGUUCAUUCCUCAACGGGGUUCGCAUUGAAGGUGCACCACUCGCAAGUUGGGUUAAUAAUCUAGUCAUUAUUUUCCUCGAUCCAACCUUUUAAAGUGAUUAAAGAGUUCAUCUGAUACCGAAAGGACAUAGAAGCAUUGAUUUUUGAACGGUUAGAGGAACAUAAGCUGCUGAAGGACUAACAUUUAAGGAGUAAUUUAAGUAUAUUUCAAGGUGAGAAGUUCAGAGGAGUUGUUCCGAACCGCUACCACGGGUACCACGUACAUUGUACCUCUACCAGUGGCCCAUUCGCGGGCGUGGAACCGAGUCGGUCGUCUGGAUCCACACAACGCGGUGCAUACGAGUGACUCGCACAACUCGGCUCAGAUUACAAUCGUCUGGAACUACGUUUUCCGAAAGUUUUCAGGAAUCUUCGAAGACGCUAUUUUUAGUUUAGACUUCCCGUGUUUUGAUUGUCAGGAUUUGGACCUGUCACUGUUAGAACAACUGUUUUAAAAUGGUGUCGGGAUAAGGAAGGGAUCAAAGAAAAAUGUUGCAUGACGUGAGACCUCGAGAAGACAAUCGUCUUGGAGACGCUGCGAAUGGAGGCUGUUGUACAAUGGAGAAUUGUAAUGGGAAGUCGAGAUGGAUCAUACAAAAACUAUUGGCAAUUGCCACAACAUUGUUGCUGUUUUCAUCUUCUGCCCAUGGUCUAGAAAAUGACUUGUGUAAUUGGACUGGAAGUGGUCUGGAGAUCGAUGCGGGUGAGCGUUCAAUACAACAACUCAACAUAAACUGCCAAAGUGGGCAUAUCUCGUGGUCCUACCCGAGAAAUGCCCUUCACAUCACGUUCUCAAACGGGAAAAGCAAAGAGCACUUUCGCCUCUGUUUGAACAUUAAAAUCCGUGGUAACGGAGCGAACAUUUACCGGGAGACGCCGGGAAAAUUAAUGCCGCUUCUGCUGGACGACAGGCCCGAGUUUGAAAGGAACACGUUCGGGAAGGAGGUGCAUGUGCAUGAUAUUUUAGAGAGAAUUCAGUAUGAAAGAACUUCGCCUAAAGAGGAGCACUGCUUUGCUGCCAAGGAUGGAAAAGCAAUAAUUUACAUUGAAGCAGCCCCAAAUCCUCUUAGCAUAAAAUAUGAAACAACAAUUGACUAUAGAAUAGAAGAGUUACCGCUUUUCAGGAAUCCUAUCCACCAUGUGAGAAAAGAAUGCAGAAAGUGUGAAGGCGGUGAAAUCGUCGCAGCAUUUUGCAGCAGUGACUUUGCUAUUAAAGGUCGCAUGCUGGCCGUCACCCCGGAAGAGAGCACGAGGGAGACAUACAUCAACGUUGCCGCAGGAAUGGUGUACAGACAGAGAGACCCAGUGUUCCUGCCAGGCAAGCACAGCCGGUACUACGGCCUCAUCACGACUCCCACCAGGUGUGGGGUCAAGAAACUGGAAGGCCACUACCUCAUGACUGGCCAGAUCGUCUUGGGUAGGGCACAACUGGGGUGCAUGGCGCAUCUGUCGGUGGUCAAGAAGGUGGCUCGAGAGGUGGACGAGGCCGGAAUCAGCCCCUGUGAUCUCACACCCAUUCUUGGACACAACCAUCAUAGGUAUAUUGAAUGAACACAUGUGCAACAGAUGAUAUCGUCACAUGCUGCUUCGGCCACCUGCGUCUUCAGUUCACCAUGUCCAACCAUAGACGUAAUGGUCCAACAUCCGGCAGUCCAUCUGGGCUUUGACUCACUGACCGAGAGGUCACAUGCCUGUCAGAUGACCUCAUAAGGACAUUGCCCAGGAUGUAUGUUUAGAAAGAGGAGUUCAGCUAUCUCAAGAUUGCAGACUGAUUGGUUUUCUAGGUGUUUUUCUCUGUCUUUAGCUAAACAUUGAUCAAGGCCAAGCUCAGAUUGUUAUCAGUCUUCUGUUUAUGUCACUCCAUGACUUCUUAUGACCUCUUCAUCAUCUGAUGCUUCAAGCAGCAAAACAAACAGAUUGCUCCUCUAUGCCCAUGUUCAUACUCCAAGCAAAGUUUAAACUUUGUACCUAUUAAACAUGUCACCUCUUUAAUCUAUUCUUAUUUUACCAAAGUAAAAUUGUACGAUGCAAGCUUUCUCAAGAAGACUCGUUUGUGUAUGAACAUGACACCAUCUUGAGAAGAUAGUGAAAUUGCAAAAAGUUAUUUGGGUAAAUAAAAAGAAGGAAACAUUUGACCUGUACUUCAGUUUAAAUCCUAUAACAACCUCUUUUCUCCAACCCUCUCAAAGCCACUUGAUGGACUUUUCUCUCUAUAAACCUCCCUUUUCAAUAAAUGAAAUCAGACACUAUUAUAAUAUUAAUACUUUUUAUACUUCCAAAGUAAGUGUCGCAAACUCCAACCUUUGGCCAAAACGUUUUUUUUAAAGAGCUGUUACUGAUUAUAAUCUAGCUAGUCUGAUUGAAUCCAAGAAUUUGUUCUACAGAAUCCAGUGAAACUGGAGGGACGGAGAAUAGGCAGCCGAGUCUACCAGUCAAGAUUACGUCAAAGGGAAUUUGAAAUCUGUAAUUUAAGCGAGGGAGCUAGGGCAUUGCAUUGAUGUACACAAAGAAGGGUGACCUCUCUAACCUCACAAUGAACCAGUCAACUUUGACUGUGAGCUGCGCCCCACCAUUCUCCCCCGUCAAUACCCCCUCCAGAAACGGAGAGGAAGAGGAGAGAAAGAAACCAAGAAAAAACGGUCAGAAGGAGAAAAGGAGAGAGAGGUAGAGAAUGGGGUGGGGGGCUUUGCCGGAAAGAAAAGGGCUUCUUGGACCGCGUAAUUGCAUGUAACUUCUAAAGACGACUGUUUGUGUUUAAAAUUCAGUUGCUUUUCCAUUGGAUGUACCUCCAACGGCCCCCUCCCGGGCUGUAUUCCUUCCAUGUUUUGGUAUAUUCAUAAUUGUUUGGAUUGGUCCUCUGUAAACUACACCCCCGGAUGGAGUAAAUAUUAAUAGAGUGACCUGUUAAUUAGUGUAUCAAAAUAUUAUUCACGCUGCAAAUAGUGCCAUUCACACCCAGUUAUCGGAAGUUUCCCACAUCACGGUCAGUAAUUUCAAGGGGAAGUUAAUAUAGUACAGAGACCAGUCUUGUCCUGUGAAACAUAAACAUGGAGCUUGUUGUACUACGUUAAGCCUAAAGGGCAUUGAUAUCCUCUGUUCAGAGCCAGAAGGGUACUAAUGCUGUGUUAAAGUAUAUGAUUUAAAGCCCUUCCGGCUCCAAUAUGGCACAGUAUCAAAGGAACAGUCAUGUCUUUAGAUCAUCAUGUAAAAACUUGCAUCAUUUGACAACAACCAUAUAUUGUCAGAUAUGCAUUAUCAUAGAGGAGCUUGACUCGUACAGUUAUAUCUUUGCUCUCCAAACUUUAUCACAAUUACGACAACAGGCAUUAUUAUACCGUAAUUGUUUGGGAGAUGACUUUACAUUUAUACAUCUAUCGAUUAACAAAUGCUUGUGUGUUGUGAUAUUUACCAAGCCGCAUUUCAAAUGUUUUUCGUCAUGUAGAAUUUCUCUUCAAUUUUAUUCGUUGCUGUCUCUUAUUCUCGUUUGAAGUAUGAUAUAUUUCAUCCAUAUUUGAAUUGACCAUUUGCAUUCAAUCCUUGCCAUUUCAUUGUAUCAUAUUAUGUGAAUACAGCACUUGUGUACAAAAAUAUUAUAUGGAAUUUUAACAGUAUUUAUGGUUCUGUCAAUAGAGCUUGCAUUUUAUUAACCCUUGUUUUGGUUUGUAUUUCUUAUGGAUAUAACCUCAAGAUACAUUACAAAGAAAGAGUGAAGUAUGUUCUUGGCAUUUUAUUUAGCCCAGCCCAGGUCAAAAUGUUUUUGUGGCCUCAUCGCAUAAUCAGUUGCAAUUAAUUCAUAGCACUCAUUACUAAUUGAUAUCAAUCGGAACUCUAUAGUCUAUAGUUGUGAUAAGGGGUUUGCAAGUUUGCGAUUAAUUAGAGGACUCGCUAUCAAUUUUGAUCAAUUUGCAACUCUUUGUGAUAUGAGGCAAGCCUGGCAGAUGCCUUACAUAUAUCUUGAGAAUGUUUAAUGUCGUCUGAAGUAGAGUAUGAUUAACUAUAAUGAUCAGUGAUCAUUUACAUGUAUGGGUAGUUCAAUUGUAGUCAUGUGAAUCUGUUAUUGGCAAACUUUAAACAAAAUCUUCUGAUCCAGAAAAGAACAAACUGUAUUUCUAAUAUGUUAUUUGUUUGAUUGCUAGAACUGUUUUGUUGUUCAGUUCUAGUUGAACAACUCAUUUCUGUUGACAUUUCUGUCUAAACUUUGUUUUGUUUUGAUGAAAGUACACAAGAAUCCUUUGACAACACACAUGUACUUCCAUGAUUUUUCCUAUCUUCUGCUGUACUGUAGUAAUGAUCUUAACAUGCAGCAUUUGCAUUAUUGUCCUCUGUAGUCCCAGUGCAUGUAUUUCAAGCAGGACUUGUCGACUUCUUGAUAAAAAAGUGGGUCAAACUAGAAACGUCUUUAAGUCUAAAAAAUUGAGAUUCAAAAGUCGUGUGUGCAUGUAUAAAUGAGCGAGGAACCAUUUGUACUUUUCUACCUUCACCAAACAGUGCCCCAAACUAAUAUUAGGAUACAAAAGAUGCUUCCCCAUUUAUAGCACCCAUCCUUGAUGGGUAUAUCCCUCUGGCCAUGAGGAGGAAAGGGGAAGGAGAGAGAGAAAAAAGUACAAAUUAUUAGACAAGAUUAUGUCAAUAAUGGAACUACACUGUACCGCAGAACAGCCCUAGGAUAGUCUUUCAUGAGGAGAACCACAAGGUCAGUUUCCUAGGUUUCAAUCGAUGCCAUCGUUUUGUGAUCCACCCUGAAUUGUAUCUCGGAAUGACUUGUCCCUUUCAGGUUAUACCCCUUCCCCCUGUAGCACCGGUCUAUCUGAGGCCUUUGUCCAAAUCAUGUCGUCCUCGUUUCCUAUUCUUCGCCGUUGUUUGCAAAUAAUCAUCUCAUAUUGGGAAGCGAGUCGAUGAGGUUACCGUCAGAAGAGUUACGAUGAUGAGUUUCUUUGUGAAGAUCUCUCCCAGAUACAAUGAUAUUCAAUGAUAACCUCCCUGUACUUUAAACAGUAUAGACCGACGAAGAUGAUGCUCAGUUCACUCGUUACACGUUUUGCUACAACUGAAUCAAGAGGCACAUGUUGGUAUUUCUCAAUUAGUGUAGCAAAUUCUCCCUUUUUCUAAUGCAUUAGUGUAAAAAUGCAGGUAUUUUGCCCACCUUUUGGAAUCAACUUUGGUAUUUCCGUCAAUAAAAAGGGUUCAUUGAAACGAAGAGCACAGCAAUGGGUAGCACUUGCACAGGGAUUUACUUGGAAUGCUAAUUGAUUGAGUUGCCCUUUUUACAUUCUUAUUGUUAAUGUAGCAUUGACAAAGUUUGAUCAAAACUUGUCUUUGGCCGUACUGAGCAUUCUUUCCUCUGCUAUUUACUAAAAAUCGAAGCACAGCUAUGGUCUGGCUGUGUCAGUGUAUGCAAGUCUCAAAAACUGUGUCCUUUAUACAGUUUAUAGCAGGGAUAUGUACCUUUAGGAAACCAUGUGAUCAGUAUUCCGAUUAUGUUUUGAUACAUGAAUGUUUGUAUUUAACAAAGGUAUGGAACAGAGCAUGAUAUUUGUGGUUGUGGUAUUGAGAAUGGCGUAAAGGGAGAGUUGAAAAGAAAAUAUGUAAAUUGCAUGAGGAAACAACAUGUUGUGAAAAAUGAACAGUAUCAAAGCAUGAAAGGCACCCUGGUUACAUGCACAAGAAAAACCAUGAUUUUCCUAUUUGUCCUGGACCCUAAGUAUUGAGGAGACUGCUCAACCGCUCAUUAUUGUAAAAGAAUCAAUAAUUCAUUGAGUAUAUAUCGGGGAAAGACUUUGGCUUUCAAGUGAAUGACGAAAUUCAUUCAAUUCAUUUUUUCAUCUUCAAUGAGUUUUAUUGUCGCCCUUUAUUUCCACAUAUGUAUUUAAUUGCAUCGGGCGUAUGUCUCAUAGAGCGAGGUUCUUUGUACUCUUUUUGAAUCAGUAUUCAUUCCUCACUGCCCCUUGUAAUUAAUUAGCAUAUUUUAUCUCUUGCAAGUCUGUACAAUUUUUGAUUUAUCAAAAGCCAACCUGUUUUAGAAUUCACUGCUCUAUUUGCUGCGAGUGGAUUGUUUCUUGAUGAGCUAUUAAUGAAAAAAUAAUUCAUAUCUCCUUUAUCUGUGGAUGUUUGUGAAUUUCUUUGAAAAAAGGGCUUCGGUAAUUUGCUUUAUAUUUGCCAAUUCGAGGACCAACAAAAGACCCCUGCUGAACUCAACAGUGCGUUGUGAGCUUGUAUGUUCCCACUGCUUGCAAGAAGCUGUUCAUCAGUUUCACCAAGGCUCUCCAUGUGUGACGAUGCUGUUGGUAUGCAUAGCCCCAGCGUGGUGCAAGAGGCUACGAUUGAGCUCCAAACCUAUUUAAACUUGCCGGGGGAACAGGCCUGGAUCACAGCAUCUAAUACGAGUAGUCUAACCUCGUCUUUGCUUGUUUUGUCUCACUUACGUAGUAGAGCGAUUAUCGUCGCACCAUUGUUCAGACAAUAGGAUUUCCGCUCGACUGUGUCUAUACCCGAUCAUGAUCAUAAUUGCGUCAAAAUCCACAAACGGGGGAGAAAGAACCCAGCCCUGCCAGGCGGAUGGGCAAGGAGCCUCACCCCCACGCUAGAGUGCAUUUGGCGCUGUUUUAGGGCUCCCCCUUUUGUUUUCAGGUUUGAGGGGGAACUUGAACGGGAUGAUAGCUGGAGUAGGGAGAUUGUAUUGUUUGCUUCUAACCACCAAAGUCUAUCUCUCAGUGGGACAUCGUACCAUUACAAAGUCUCUUCUAAAAAGGAAUUCUUCCUAGCCUAAUUUGAAUUAUGCCAAUUGCUUUUACACAAAAAGAUUCAUUGUCUCUAUCCUUGUCCCCAACCCUCUCUGUCUCUAUACCCUUACUCUCUUUAAUCAUACUUGAAACAGUAACAAGUACUUGUUGAUUCUCUAUGAGUAUAUGCAUACAUGCAUGUACGACAUCUGCGACAUCUGCCAAUGGCAAUGCAUGUAUAUAGGAUCAUUACACUGUAAUCUGUUGAGUUUAGCAUUCUCUUUGAAAAACAGCAUGCCAACAGCAAAGAAAUGUUGAAACAUAUAAAGUUUGCCAAUUUCAAGCAAUUCCAUGAUAAUUCUCACUCUAUUGUAACCAUGUUGAAGUUUAAUUUAAACUUUGUAUGAUUAACAAAAAUGUACAAUGCUCCUUUAAAAUGGAUCAAAGUUUGCAUGAGCUACCACCUGUAGUUUUUAGAGUGGCUUUGUAUGUGUGAAUUCUGUGUAUCAUAUUGUAUAAUAAACUCGCUCUACACAUCUAUGUAAAAUUGUACAAAGGAAAUUUCAUCUACAGACUGCCUGUAUUUAUAAAUACACACCACUGCCGUUACAGUAUUCAGAUCCUUUAGAGGGAGAAAAAAAUCAUUUGUAAAUGUUUUUGUUUCUAAUAUUGACUUGCACAUACUUCAGCACAUGAAGUGAGUGUGCAAGAAGUAAACAUAUUAUACAAGUAAGUCCUAUGGAUAUAUCUUGAUAUCAAAAUAUGCUAUGUUAUACCUCAGUGCCUCUUUAUCUGUUUUUUUCUCCAGCAUAUUAGAAUAAAAGACCUCAAAUAUUCUUUGGUAUUGCCAUAGUAACCGCAUUUAAAUAUAGAGAUUAGAUCUCCUAUUUUGACAAGCCUGUAUUAAUUGUUAUUAAUUAUAUCUCCAGGUUGAGGCAAUGCUAGUUGUUUUGAUGUAGAGGUUUAUAUUUAUGUAAUAUUACAGUUCCAGUUAGUUAUGGUUACAGUUAUUGAAGUUACAAUGAAGCCCUCAAAUUUAGUAAACUCUGAAUCAAAUUGUCUCCCUUCUGUCACGAUAAUACCCACUCUAUCAUGAAACUUAUAUAUAACAUACCAAUCAGUAUUUAUUCUCCAUUUUAUUGACAUAUAAUUGAGGUGUAUACUAGCCUUUAGAAAGUUGACAUUUUCACGAUACUGGCUCACUAUAGGGAAAAUUGAUUUCAAUGCCACAACAUUUCAUUCAAUUUGACCAAUAAAACGAUAGACCAAUGCAUUCAUUUCUCUAA